AUGGCCGAUCACGACACGCUGGUUAGCAGUUUCUGUGAGCUGACAGGGGCUUCCACGCAGCAGGCCACAGAAUACCUCAAUGCAAACAAGUGGGAUAUCGACUCAGCCGUGACUUCAUAUUACACGGACAUGGACGAGAGCGCGCAGACUUCGGGGGCCGCUGCUCCCAGAGCUGCCCCCGAGCCCGAGUAUACUGGUCCCCGGACAUUGGACGGCCGACCUGCACCCGAAUAUGCCACCGCCUCAUCCUCAUCGACCGCUAAGAAACCGCAAAAGCGUACAGGUGUUGCCACGUUGAGUUCUCUAGGCGGCGGCCAUGAUCAUGACGAUUCGGAAGACGGCGAUGAUUACGACGAUGAAGACGAGCGCCGCGGCCCUCGGGAUCUAUUCGCUGGCGGGGAGAAAUCCGGCCUGGCUGUCCAGGAUCCCGCCCAGCGAUCUUCCGACCCCCGAAGAGUGAUCAAUGACAUCGUGGCCAAGGCUCGCUCGAACACCCGUCAAACGAAUCAAGAGUCCGCCGGUCCGUCGAGAACCCACUUCCGUGGCGCAGGCCAGACAGUUGGCGGUGAUGGGGUGGAGAGCCGCACGAUUCCUGACCCCCGCGGUGAGCCGAUCCCCACCGUCACGAGUAGGCCUCAGCAAGUCGAAGAGCGCAUUUUGCACAUCUGGAACGACGGCUUCAGUAUCGACGAUGGUGAACUGCGGCGUUUUGACGACCCACAAAACCGGGCAGCUCUGGAGAUGAUCAGAGAAGGUCGUGCGCCGAUCCACCUUAUGAAUGUGCGGUUCGACCAACACGUCGAUGUUAAGCUACAGCAACACAACGAGAACUAUCGGCCCUUGCCGAAGGUGUAUCGCCCAUUCAGCGGGCAGGGACGGCGCCUGGGCAGCCCCGUGCCGGGCGAGUCCAUUGCAACCCCGGCUCCGGUGGCCGCCCCGACCACUACAACAACCACAACCACCAACUCAAGCCAGGCACCGUCCACGGGCGUGGAUGAGUCGCAGCCGACGCUGAUGCUCCGCAUCCAGCUUCCCGACGGCACCCGCCUUCCGGCGCGCUUCAACACGAGCCAAACGGUUGGCGAUGUCUAUGACUUCAUCCUGCGCUCAUCGCCCUCUCUUGGAAGCCGGCCGUGGGUGCUGUCCACCACGUUCCCGAAUAAGGAACACGAAGAUAAGGGAUUGGUGUUAGGCGAGAUGGCCGAGUUCAAGAAGGGUGGUACCGCGGUGGUCAAGUGGAAGCAAACAUAG